GGCUGCCGAACGUGCAUGAUCCGUGAGGCCGCCCUACGCACAUUAUUCAUGAGGCGGCGAGUGAGGGGCAGGCCCGGCGCCGCUCCGGCUCCUCAUUGGCCGCAGGGGCACGGCGCAGCGCAGGCGCGGCGGGGCGCGCGGCGGCCGCGGGGGCAGGYCGGUGACGCUGGAGGCGGCGGUGGWGCUGCUGCCGCCAUGGAGGACGGCGAAGACUUAGUGUCCGUGGACUACGAGGUGUCCGGCAAAGUUCAGGGCGUGUUCUUCCGCAAGUACACUCAGGGGGAGGCUAAGAGACUGGGACUGGUUGGCUGGGUCCAGAAUACCAGCCAUGGCACUGUCCAAGGCCAAAUCCAGGGUCCAGCUGCCAGGGUGCAGGAGCUGCAAGAAUGGCUCAGGAAGAUAGGAAGUCCCCAGUCCCGCAUCAGCCGAGCAGAGUUCAGCAAUGAGAAGAAGAUCAAGGCGCUGGAGCACAAGGAAUUCCAGAUUGUGAAAUGACUUUGUUGAGGAAGAAGCGAAGUCUGGAGCAUGAGCUGCUUUCAUAGAAUGUUUCCCCUCUUUCCCACUCAUUUGGUCAGCCAAUGUUCAGCUCUGGAGAGCUUUAUUUUAUUAAAUUUCUAAUUUAUUGUU